GGUGGACAUGGCACGAUUUUCUCGGCAUAAAACUAAGCAAACAUUUCCACUCUUCCCACGUCGUUUGCAGAAAAUGAAUGAUGCGCAGAGCUCGAGCCUUAAGGGCUGUCUAGCCCGGCUCGAAAGCCUUGGAUGUGACGUGCCUAUUCCGCCCCGGCAAGAGCCCAAGAUCGCGCCGGUGAAUGGGAUCGUACAGCCGAUGGUGAUGCCGCCGCCCAACCGGAAGGGAAGGACCACCAAUCUGACGAAGAAAUUCAGGACCGUGCUGGAUGUGAUGAUACGCUCAAAGUCCUCUUACCAAUUCCGCCAUGCCGUGAACGCCGUGAAGCUUCACGUGUUUAACUAUCACAAUCUGAUCACUCGUCCGAUGGACUUAUACACCGUCAAGAAGAGGCUGGAGAAUUGCUAUUACUUCAGGGCCGCGGAGGCUCUAGAGGAUAUUUUACUGAUAUUCAGCAAUUGCAGGAGCUUCAACAGUCCUGAAUCACCCGUCUUCAACGAUGCCCUAGCACUGUGCGACCUCCUCUGUGCCCGUAUGGCGAAGCUCCAAGGGGAAAUUCAGACCGAGGUUGUGGAGGCCCCGAAAAUAAGGUUCAGGGCUCGCCAGAGCUCAAAGUUCGUUCACUUGCCGGUGAUCAAAGCUCCGGUCCUCCUUCAACUUCCGGCUCUCCGUCGUGGUCGUGGCCGCCCUCGAGGACGACCUAAAUUCGCCAGGGUCAAAAGGUUUCUUUUCAACGAACAUAAGGAUUUCCCAAGGUCGUACAAUAAUGCAGGGAAGAUUAUAUAUGACGGCACUCUUGUCGACUACUAGAUCGAGCGUUCGUAUGGCCUGAGAUUGCUUCAGUUUCUGCGUCACAGACGUCGUCAGCGGGUCUGUUGGGCAUUCAACGAUUCGAGAGUGUGGAUGUUGUUGGUAG